AUGGCUCGUAAGGCGAGUGCUAAGAAGCUACGAGAUGCUUCCACAGCGCCUUAUUCACCGUCAGCGUCGCUCGUCCUGUCCACGUCAGCACUCUCACUUAGCAUAGUAACUGGAGCGUGGCUGCUGCCAUGUCAGCUCUGGGGAGUGGAUCUGACGAGUGACCCGCUGACGUCUUAUUUCUCCUCACUCCCUCUCUCCCUCCUUUUUCCCUCCAUCCUCUCCUCCUCUCCCCUCCCCUGCUCUCCUCUCCGUGCCUCCUCCCCUCCCAACCAUCCCUCGCCACAGGCUCUAUUUUUACCAGCAGCACUGCUGAUCUUCUCUCUCCCUCCCUUCAGCCCCUCCCCAUCCGUCCAAAAUUCGGCAGCACAACGCAGAGGCAUGCAGCCUGGAGAUCAAUUCAUGCACCGGAUUGCUCACAUCACCACAGCCAUAGUCCUGACAUGCCUUGGUGCUUUCGCUGCAGCACUCGCAGCCACUGCCUUUGGUGCUCCCACCACCCUCCAGUCUAUCCCUGUCACCCUCCACUGGUCCUCCCUUCUCUCUCUGCUUGCCGUGCUGCCCUCCGCUCUCCUCUUUGGCUCUCACACACACCUCUGGCGAUCCGUGCUGCUGCAGUUCAGUCAUCCCCUGUUUCUUUGUUUUUCCGUGCUUUCCUCCAUUCCAUCCGUGUGUUUCAACGGUGCUACGUUCCACACCUCUGCUACUCACCUCUCCCCAUUCCCUCUGCCCGUUCCAUAUGCCUUAUCCCGUCUCCCUUCCCAUCCUCCCCCCUCAUCUCUUCCUCGUCCCCUCCUCCCCCUCUUCCUUCCCCCCCCUCCCCUCCUCCCCGUCCCCUCCUCCCCCUCCCCUCCUCCCUCUCCCCUCAUCCCCCUCCCCUCCACCCUCUCCCUUCCUCCCCCUCCCCUCCUCCCUCUCCCUUUCCCCCCCUCCCCUCCUCCCCGUCCCCUCCUCCCCCUCCCCUUCUCCCUCCCCCUUCCUCCCCCUCCCUUCCUCCACUCUCCCCACCGUAUCCCUCCCCUUCAGCCCAGCAUCACUGCCAGAGGCGUGUGUGGUGACGUCAGCACAUGGGGCCGUGGUGGGGGCAUGGGUAGGGGCAUGGCCGAUGCCUCUGGACUGGGAAAAGCCGUGGCAGGCGUGGCCUAUCAGCAGCACAUACGGAAUGCUCCUGGGCUUCCUGGUUGGUCUGUUUCUGCCCCUCAUUGCCGCGUGCCUGCUUCCACCAACCAUUAUGUUACAGUUGCUACACCGCAAACGGCACAUUGCUUAGCAACAAAAGGUAUCCUUUGCUCCACGUUAUUAAGAAUGCUCAGGGUGCUCAUCUAA